AUGGAGUCGGCGCCUAUGGGGGCCCCUGUUCUGCCCUUGCAGCUGGAGCAGAUGCUGGAGAACACAGCCGUGCAUGCCCUGAAGCAGCUGAUUCUGCUGCACCGGGAGGACGGCCCCAGCCCCUCCCGCACCGUUGAGUGGCUCAACAUGCGCAGCUGGUGCUCAGGACACCUUCACAUCAAGUGCCCACAACGUGUCUUCUCCCGCCGGAGCCCCAACAAGCUGAGGGAGAUGUAUGCGAAGGUCUUCGAGAAGGACGCUGACCGGCACAGCGACUUCUCCCGCCUGGCACGGGUCCUGACCGGCAACAGCAUUGCCCUGGUGCUGGGAGGAGGAGGGGCCAGGGGCUGCUCCCACAUCGGGGUGAUCAAGGCCAUGGAAGAAGCCGGGAUCCCUAUUGACCUGAUCGGGGGCACGUCCAUUGGCUCCUUCAUCGGGGCUCUCUAUGCUGAAGAGCGCAGUGCUGUGCGCACCAAGCAGCGUGCCUGUGAAUGGGCCAAGUCUCCUCUCCCUCCAGCAGGCAGUGUGUGGCGCUCCGUCAGAGCCAGUGCAUCUUACCCCCCCUACCUGCCUCCUCUCUGCGACCCCAAGGACAGCCACCUGCUUGUGGACGGCUGCUAUGUUAACAAUGUCCCAGCGGACAUUGCCCGGAACAUGGGUGCCAAAACAGUGGUCGCCAUUGUCGUGGGCAGCCAGGACGAGACUGACCUCUGCAACUACGGCGACAGCCUCUCAGGCUGGUGGCUGCUGUGGAAACGCUUCAAUCCCUGGACCCAGAAGGUUAAGGUGCCCGACAUGGCGGAGAUCCAGUCGCGCCUGGCCUAUGUGUCGUGUGUGCGCCAGCUGGAGGUAGUAAAGUCGAGCUCCUACUGCGAAUACAUUCGCCCACCCAUCGACCGCUUCAAAACCAUGGACUUUGGCAAGUUCGACGAGAUCUACGACGUGGGCUACCAGCACGGCAAGGUGGUGUUUAGCGGCUGGAGCCGUGGCAACAUCAUUGAGAAGAUGGUGAAGGACCGGCGCUCGGCCGACUUCUACGAGAGCAAGCGCAUGGAUGUGCUGACUUGCCCCAGCGCGGGGUUCACUGAUCUGGCUGAGAUUGUGUCUCGCAUCGAGCCGGCCAAGAGCUACCUGUCCGAUGGCUACGCUGAUGGUGAGGAAUCUGACUACCUGACGGAGUACGAGGAGGAAGGGCUGGAUCCCGCACAGGGAGAGGAAGAGUUGUUAGCGCCGACUGAGUGGACCCGCACUGAGGUAUUUGAGAUUGAUGAGGAGAAGAGUCUGCGGCACCGCAACUUCCCGCCCCAGGAGUGAGCCCAGCCGCCUGCUCCCGGACUGGGACAGAUGUGCCAGCCCUGGGCCUGCAGGCUCCCUGGAGACUGUAGCCUGCAUGUAGCUGGGGCACUGGAGCCCAUCCUGCGCUAGAUCCCCCUGGCCUGCAUCUGCUGCUGACGUCCUGAGGCCAGCCUGGUUCCACUCCGUUAAUGGCCAGGGUUCUGCCGGGGUCAGCAGCCCUUCUACAUCUUCCAGUCUGCAGUGGGACCUGGCCUGGACUCACCUCAGGGUGGAGUGGUGGCCACUAGGCCCAGCACUCUCCAUCAGCCAGUACGUGACCCCCAGGCCAGCGCUGCUGCAGUUCCGGGGGGCCCUCAGCUAACCGCUGUAUCAGUUGCAGGCCUAUGCUGCUCGCUCAAAGGCCCUGCAUUGCUCCAGGGACAGCAGAGCCCAGUCCAGCAGCCUCUGCUGGUAGGGGGUGAGGAUGAGGGCAGGAUGCUGGGGCAGGACUACCCCAGCCCCCUCCCCGCCACACACACAAGGGCCCAUGGCCCUUCCAUGCUGUUCCCUGCGCUUGCCCUCUGCCUGCCUCAUGGAGGGCCAUGGGGUGCAGCUGGCAGCCAGGGCCAUGCACCCUUCCCCUAUGGCCCUGUGCCUGCACGCUCCUUGCUGGGUGCUAGGGCUCAGCUCCUGGUCAUGUGCUGCAUGACCCACUCAGGUGAGGGGGGUUUGCAAGAGGAGAUGCCUGAAGGGUGAGGCAGAUGCCCCCAAGCCCUUCUAGGUCCAACCCCAGCUUCUGCCGGCUUCUCUUCCCCUGGAUUGACACCUGGGGUCCUGAACACCCCAGUGAGUCCAGAACCUGGGAGUCCUAUGUCAGCCCUCUCUUCCCCCCCCCCCCGACUGAGUGCUUUGGUGAAAACACUGCCUUUCCCUCCUCCCCUACAUGCACUGUGUAUA